GCGGCUGGGGAAACUCCGGGACCUCCAGGGCGCUCGGAUUCUCGGUGGACAGAGGGGUCGAACCUCGGAAACAGUCACAAGGAGACACGCAGGGUCCCCCGGGUCGGAGAGAGACGGGGAGGGAAGCAGGGAUGCACAUUCAGAGGGACCCCUUCCUCCGCACAGACUGCGCGGCCAAGGUGUGACAGAGGCCCGGAGUCACAGCGGGGAGGGUGUCAGGCAGGACCCAGGAGGGAGAGGAUUGAGGGGGCCGCCGAGACGAACGGGGGACGGGGCCGCACGACCCAGAACGGACGGUAGCCUUGGCGACAUUAGGGGCGUAGCAGACACAGGCGGAUAGGCGCAGCGAGCGGAGCCAGCGGCCCGGGGUAUCCCCGGGCGAGAGCGGGGACGGGGACGGACUUCAGGAACAGACUCGGCGAGGCCCACGGUCACGCAUGGAGGCUAAGCGGCGCGGACGCCGAGAAGGCCGAGCCUCGAAAGCCACCGAGUGCUUACACAGAACCGGGCAGAAAGUUUUUUGACACAGUGACCGGUUCAGAUCGAGAUGCUAGCAGGGGCGCAGGGCCGGGCGGACCCUCCGGGGCUCCUAGGGGCGCGCGGCGGGAUAAGAUAGGUAACUCGGCACGGGCACUCGGGGUGUCCCCGCCCUGCAGCCACGCCCAGAGUGGGUGUGUGCACGUGCGGGGGCGGGGCUUUGGACCGAGUCUCGGGGAGGGGGCGCCUUUAAGUGAAACCCCGCCCCGCGGUCGUCGUGGCGACGCCUCCCCCCAGCCGGGGCUCCCACAUUUGAGCAGGUGCCGAGCUAGCGCCCGCCGCCUGCGCCUCCGGCUGCCCGCACCCCAGCAGAAAGGCAGGGUCCCCGCCACGAUCCCGGGCCAUGGCCGGCCUGGGCCCCGGCGGGGGCGACUCCGAGGGGGGACCCCGACCCCUGUUUUGCAGAAAGGGGGCCCUGAGGCAGAAGGUGGUUCACGAGGUCAAGAGCCAUAAGUUCACCGCCCGCUUCUUCAAGCAGCCGACUUUUUGCAGCCAUUGCACCGACUUCAUCUGGGGCAUUGGAAAACAGGGCCUGCAGUGUCAAGUGUGCAGCUUUGUGGUUCAUCGGCGAUGCCACGAAUUCGUGACCUUCGAGUGUCCAGGCGCUGGGAAGGGCCCCCAGACGGACGACCCCCGGAACAAGCACAAGUUCCGUCUGCACAGCUACAGCAGCCCCACCUUCUGCGACCACUGUGGCUCGCUGCUCUACGGGCUGGUGCACCAGGGCAUGAAGUGCUCCUGCUGCGAGAUGAACGUGCACCGGCGCUGUGUGCGCAGCGUGCCCUCGCUGUGCGGUGUGGACCACACCGAGCGCCGCGGCCGCCUGCAGCUGGAAAUCCGGGCUCCGACCAAUGACGAGAUCCAUAUCACCGUCGGUGAGGCCCGAAACCUCAUUCCUAUGGACCCCAAUGGUCUGUCUGACCCCUAUGUCAAACUGAAGCUCAUCCCAGACCCUCGAAACCUGACCAAACAGAAGACCCGGACAGUGAAAGCCACGCUCAACCCCGUGUGGAAUGAGACCUUCGUGUUCAACCUGAAGCCGGGGGAUGUGGAGCGCAGGCUCAGUGUGGAGGUGUGGGACUGGGACCGGACUUCCCGCAACGACUUCAUGGGGGCCAUGUCAUUCGGGGUCUCGGAACUGCUCAAGGCACCCGUGGAUGGCUGGUACAAGUUACUGAACCAGGAGGAGGGUGAAUAUUACAAUGUGCCGGUGGCAGAUGCUGACAACUGCAGCCUCCUCCAGAAGUUUGAGGCCUGUAACUACCCCUUGGAAUUGUAUGAGCGGGUGCGGAUGGGCCCCUCGUCCUCCCCUGUCCCCUCUCCAUCCCCCAGCCCCACGGACUCCAAGCGCUGCUUCUUUGGUGCCAGCCCGGGACGCCUACACAUCUCUGACUUCAGCUUCCUCAUGGUUCUGGGAAAGGGCAGCUUUGGAAAGGUGAUGCUGGCAGAGCGUAGAGGCUCAGAGGAGCUCUAUGCCAUCAAGAUCCUGAAGAAGGAUGUGAUUGUCCAGGAUGAUGACGUGGACUGCACCCUGGUGGAGAAACGUGUGCUGGCUCUGGGGGGCAGAGGUCCCGGCGGGCGGCCCCACUUCCUCACCCAGCUGCACUCCACCUUCCAGACACCGGACCGCCUGUAUUUCGUGAUGGAGUACGUCACCGGUGGCGACCUGAUGUACCACAUUCAGCAGCUGGGCAAGUUCAAGGAGCCCCAUGCAGCGUUCUAUGCGGCAGAGAUCGCCAUUGGCCUCUUCUUCCUCCACAAUCAGGGCAUCAUCUAUAGGGACCUGAAGCUGGAUAAUGUGAUGCUGGAUGCUGAGGGCCACAUCAAGAUCACCGACUUCGGCAUGUGCAAGGAAAAUGUCUUCCCGGGGACCACGACCCGCACCUUCUGUGGGACCCCAGACUACAUAGCCCCUGAGAUCAUUGCCUACCAGCCCUACGGAAAGUCUGUGGAUUGGUGGUCCUUCGGGGUUCUGCUCUAUGAAAUGCUGGCGGGACAGCCACCUUUUGAUGGAGAGGAUGAGGAGGAGCUGUUCCAGGCCAUUAUGGAGCAAACAGUCACCUACCCCAAGUCCCUCUCCCGGGAAGCCGUGGCCAUCUGCAAAGGGUUCCUGACCAAGCACCCAGGGAAGCGUCUGGGCUCCGGGCCAGAUGGGGAGCCCACCAUUCGGGCGCAUGGCUUUUUCCGCUGGAUCGAUUGGGACAGGCUGGAGCGGCUGGAGAUCGCGCCUCCGUUCAGACCGCGCCCGUGCGGCCGCAGCGGCGAGAACUUCGACAAGUUCUUCACGCGAGCGGCACCAGCGCUGACCCCGCCGGACCGCCUGGUGCUGGCCAGCAUCGACCAGGCGGACUUCCAGGGCUUUACCUACGUGAACCCCGACUUCGUGCACCCGGACGCGCGCAGCCCUAGCAGCCCGGUGCCUGUGCCUGUAAUGUGAUGUCACCCGCUGCCACUAGGUGUCCCUCAUGGCCCCGCCUCCCACCCCGCCACCCCCGCAGCGCUCUGGCCAGCGUCUCUCCGUCCGGGUUCCCAGGUGCUCGAAGCCCCUCUUGCGGCUCCUGGCCUCGGCGCUGGAGCCUCCCCGAGUUCUAGAUUCCAAGUCCCGAAUUUUCCCCCGCCCCGCGCCGGGGGCUCCAGGCUCCAUCCCGGUAGCCCCCGCCUCUUCCCGCUCCCUCCUUCCUGGGGAAGAAGUUUUGCGGGGUCACCGCUGCAAACCGGGACCCGGGUCCUCCCAGUCCUCAAGCCCCGUCCGCCUCCAUCCCAGUUAUAGAGCACGUGGGAGGCCCUGCCCUGCUCCCCAGGAUUCUGGGCAGUAUGAAGGGGCCCUUCCCCACUGUUCCCAGCCGGCUUUCAUUCUAGACUCCCGUGCAUGGCUCCAGUCUCUCUGGGAACACCGCUGUCGUUCCCCCUCCCCCCCCCCCCCCCCCGGCCUGCCGCCUCUGGGGGCUACCCCCCUCUGCCUCCUCCUCUUAGCCUCUCCCACCCCCACCCCCGGCCACAGCUGCUGGAGAAUAAAUCUGGGAUGCUGACGCUGAA